CCUACACUGCUCAUACACCCAGACACAGUACUGAUCCUGUACUGAACUCAGCCCUUAUACUGAUCCUACAAUUCUCACAUACUGCACCUAGCCUGUAGAAUGAUCCUUCACUGUUCAUACACUGUAUAGUGUGAUCUUGCUGACAUACUGCACCCCACCUACCAAUUCUAUACCGCUCUUAUACAAAGCACAGCCUGUCUAUUAGUUACAUACUGCACUCAGUCCCUGUUCUGCUCUCAAACUACCACGUCACAACCCAUUAGUCCUGGCACUAUAUUCUAUGAUUACUUCACACACUUUGAACUUUUAGCACUGCCCUCUUUCUUCAGUAUGGGUUAUGCCCUGCCCCAUGCUUGCUGGGAACCUUAGUGACUGCGCCCGGUUCUAAACUGGUACCUGGCACACCCUUUUCAUAUUUCAACCUUGUGGUGAGUGAGAAGGUUGCUGGUCAUGAUGCUAUGGGGAGAAGCAGGGAUGUAGUAGAUUGUUCGAGACAAGUAUCCUGGGAAUGGCUUCCUCUGCCCUGUCUGGAAGAAUGUCCUGCAUUUCCACAAGACUGGAGGCUUGGAUAUAAUUCCCGCACCACUGAUAAACACUAGCCAUCAAGAUGCAGACUGCAGGAACUUUGGACAAGGACUAUGUUCUGGUGGAGCAUGGAUUUGAAUACGCAGCUAAGGAUGGCAGUAUUAUCUCUAUAAAGCCGCAUGAGCGCUACAUUCUCCUGAAGAGGACCAAUGAGCACUGGUGGCAGGUCUGUCGAGACCACAAGUCCAAGCCUUUCUAUAUCCCUGCAAAGUAUGUCAAGGUCCUAUCCUCCAUUGGCCAGGGCUCCUAUGGGACUGACAUUUCAUGGGGGAGAUCUGAGGAUCUCCCAGAAUAUUCACCUUGUACUCAGUACAGCUAUUCAUUUGUGGCAGUCGAGCCACACAACACAGUUACUAUCCCUCAGCUAUCUUCUGGUGCCCAAGAAAGAGCAGCAUUGUCCAGUCAACAUUUGGUGAACACUGCCAGCACAGGCAAUGUGCAUCUGCAGAGUUUGGUCGCAACAGGAUCGUCUCGAUCUUUACUUGACCUAUCACAACUGCGUCACAACACAGCGAUGGAGCAGAGAACGUCACAGGACAGUAUCAAUACUGACCACAAGCUGGGCCCACUGAGAACCUUCCAUAACUCUAAGAAAGUCCUGGAUCCCUUAAAGCGCAUCAGCCUCAUGUGCCCCCCGGACUUGCCACCCAGAAUUAGAACCUCACAGUCUCUCAAUGAUUUGCAGCUUAUAAAGUCUGUGCAGCCCUGCUCUGAUCAAUCACCCCUCAAGAUAUCAGAAAAUCAGCUACUCUUCGAGAAACUGACCAUCCAGCAGAGUAAUGUGGUUGUCUCCGAAACACCGGAAAAGGUGGUUAAUGAAGAGGAUGCUCUAUCUCCCAUCUAUGCCAACUUGGAAGACUUUCGUAGUGAAGAGCCAAGGCAAAGAACGUUCUCUCUGGAGCGCUACUCCUCCAGCACCAUAGAGGACUGGGAGACGCACACGGAUAAGGGGAGUGGACAAGCAUUUUACUACAACUGUGCUACUGGAGAGACUACUUGGGAUUGUCCUUUUGACCAAGCAGAGGAGGCACUUCAGUCACCCAUCUCUCCAACCUCCCUGAGUCCUCUGCCUGGAGAAGCAGAGUGGGAGAAACAUUUUGAUGAAUCCAGUGGAGAGUUCUACUUCUACAAUUCAGUGACAGGAGAGACAUCUUGGGAGCCGCCAGAGAGUGAGCUGCAUCUUCCAGUGGAGAAGCCGAUGUUUUCCCCUUAUGAAUCAGUGGAGAGAAGGCCCCCGACUCCAGAAGCCGAUUACCCUGAAUAUUCUGACACGAUAUACAAAUACCCAGAUGCCGACUAUGAUGGACAUUAUAUUCCCCCUCCCCCCCAGCAAUCCCCAGCAGAUGGUCAGUUCUCAGGCUGGUCCUGUCAGAUCAAGGAUGGACAGAAACUGUAUAUCAAUAACUACAGUGGUGACAAAUGGGUGCAGUCUCAGGACCAGUUUGGGAAGACAUAUUUUUAUACCUCAGAUGGUUCCAUGUCACAGUGGAAGCUGCCGGAGCUCAGUUCUGCAGAACUGCAAAGCGGGAACAGUGACCUGGAUCAGAACAGCAAUGUCUUUACCGGCAGCCAGAACAAUAUUGCAUCCUUCUCCCUGCAGAAAGAUACAGAGGAAAAAGGCCUAGAGAAAGCUGGAGUUCUGCACAAGGCCAAGAUCUCUGAGAAUGGGAGGAGGCUGAGGAAGAACUGGAGCUCGUCCUGGACAGUGUUAGAAGGAGGAAUAUUGACAUUUUUCAAGGACUUAAAAAACCUCUCGUCCAACAUCCAGAAGCAAUCCCAGUUCACUGUUCCAGAGUACACCGUCAGGCUACAGGGAGCGUCACUCAGAUGGGCCGCCAAGGAAAAGUCUAGUAAGAAACACGUCAUGGAACUGAGAACACGCGAUGGUUACGAGUAUCUAAUUCAUCACGACUCUGAGGCCAUCACCAAAGAUUGGUUUGCAUCAAUAAGCAAGAGCAUUGGCAGGAACAUGCACAUAUCCUCAGAUUACACCUCAGAGAAUGAGAAUGAGUCACUGAGUGAAUUCGGGUCAACCGAGAAGUUAGGAAUGAAAGAUGAGAAGAAGAAUUCUGGACAAAACUCAGACAGUGACCGCAAUGUGAGGGCCAAGCUAAGGAAGUUACUGCAGAGAAGGCCAACGUUACAGUCCCUGCGAGACAAAGGUUACAUACGCGACCAGGUCUUUGGCUGUCAUCUGCAUCAGCUGUGUGAACGGGAAAAGAGGGAUGUGCCAGAAUUUGUCAGCCACUCAAUUGAAGUGGUAGAGAAACGAGGUUUGGACAUUGAUGGCUUGUACCGGAUCAGUGGCAACCUGGCAGUCAUUCAGAAGUUACGCUAUAAAGUGGAUCAUGAUGAAAACUUUAGCUUAGAUGAUGGUCGGUGGGAGGACGUUCAUGUGAUCACCGGAGCACUGAAGCUAUUUUUCCGGGAACUGCCAGAACCUUUGUUUCCUUAUAGUCAUUUUGACCAGUUUAUUGAAGCAAUAAAAUUUAGUGACCAAAGCCAGAAAAUUCAACGCCUGAAGGAAUUGGUUCUAUCACUUCCAAAGCCCAACCUGGAGACAAUGAAACUGUUGUUCAGGCACCUGUGCAGUGUCAUUCAACAUAAAGACUCAAACCGGAUGUCGGUCCAGAGUGUCGCCAUUGUUUUUGGACCAACCUUGUUAAGGUCUGAGCAGGAGGGUAUCAACAUUGCCAUGUACAUGGUCUACCAAAACCAAAUUGUGGAGCAAAUCCUCGUCAAUUACAAGUUCAUCUUCAGCUGAUCAGCCACUGGCAAGAAGAUCCAUGAUAGUGACAUGAAGGCGCAGGUCGCCUGAGUACGUCUCCCUAUUUAAUGUAUAGACUAUACCAUGUGUAAAUAUCCUAGGAUGGAAAAUCAUCUUUAUGGAAGAGGGUCGCCUGUCCAACCACAUGUUGAGAACUUUACCCCACUAUUUGCAGUGUGAGUGGAUGAGGGAGACGUGUGGCUUAUAGUCUGUGUAUCUGUAUAGAAUAAUGAAGAGACUGUAUAAAAUGUAUCUGAUAGUAUAAUGCUGUGGGCUCUCUGGAAAUAACUGAUUGGAUGCUACUGGCAAGAACCUUAAGUUCUUCUGUUUUUGUACAAGGUUCUCCGCCUUCAGACAGCCUAGUGUUUCCCCUCUCACACCUGGUGAUCCUACAUCUCCUCGUCUGGGUGUGCACAGUAAAAAGUGCAGGACUCCAGUACAUGACAAGAAAGCAGGAGGCUCCAGAGAAUAAACCUGUGCAGCCACGUCA